CUUGCUAGAGAAAGAAAUAGAAUUUUAUCAGUGAUGUGUCAACACAUGAAUGAAGAAAAUAAGGACAUUCCACUGCAGAUCAGUCAUUUGGCUUCGUUUCUAGAGAAAAAUAUCUCACAUCUUGACGCACCUUCUACAGCACUGCUGUUUCUUCACUGCACGAUCCUGUUGAAUUUCGAACCCGAAGAUAGCAGUAGCAACGAAAAGAGACGAUUGCUUUCUGCAACAGUCACAGCGAUGAGACAGCAAACAGUAGUCCUAGUCAGUCUCUUGACAGGAAUAUCUUCCGUUAACUUCCGUUGUUAUGCGACUCAAUGUGCUGCAUCCACUCUCAUGGCUUUGGAAACGUAUUCGCAAUCGAAAGAAGAUUUUGAUCUUGUAUUUGGAUGUCUAACAGAUCCAAUAUUGCAGCUAUUACAAGAUACUGGUAGGAUUCCAAAUGACGAAACAACAACACAACCGGAAAUCGAAAUUAAUGCACCAAAACGUAAGAAAGGUAAUAUAAAUGAAAGCCAGCUUUACUGUUAUAUCAAAGACAUGAACAGAAUUGCAAGCGUUCUGUCUAACACGAAUGGUAGUCAACCUCAAUAUUUACUUCCGUACAACGAAGGCAGUAGAAUUGAAGACCGACUUUCUUUGUUGAAAUCUCCGAUUGCAGAGCUGAUAAAAUAUUCUAAUUAUACGGCAGAAGAACUGAAAAUGGAAUCUUCAUUGCCAUUUGUUGUGAUUCGACUAUUGAGCAAACAUGAACUAGGAAGACCUAGCCCGGAGUGGCAGACUGAGGUGGAUUUCCAUUUAUUUCUUCUUCGUGUAGGGUUGAGCUUGGAUCAUGAUAGAACAGGCAGAUCUUUCUUAAUCACGAAAUUGCGAAAAGCCGCUAAGGUGGCUGAACCAGCUUCCUUUCUAGACAAAGUGGUUGCAAGCGGUUGGAAUAGUGGGAUUACACUUGACGAACUAUUUAAUGAUUUUCUUAUGCACACGGAAUUUCAAGAAUAUAUUUUAUCUACAAAAGAACAGUAUGGUUCUGCUGGUAUUGAAGCCUUUAAAUACUAUUUUGUUCGCUGCGCCAGCAAUCUUGAGUUGAGCUACAGCUCUGAUUUAUACAAAAUAGCAUGUGAUGUAGAAAUUGUUGACGAUAUUAUCGCUGACGUAGUGGAAGACGAUGACUUGCAGCAGAAACUUUCUCUCGAGUUUCUUUUUCUUUUGUCUCAACAUGAAACAGGAAAGGCUGCUCUAAAACAGCGAAUGCAAGUUGGUAUAGCAGCACUAAAACGCUGGCAGCAACACUGCAGUGUCCCAGGCAAUUCUGUCACGUCCAGCAACGUGGAAGUUUGGAAAGACUUACAUGAGGACACGUCGAUACUAGGAUGCCUGCGUCUGGCGGCUUUGGCAGUUCGCGUUGACAACGAGCUGUUAGUUUCACGUGCCAGCCAUGUACAGACAACAGCUUGUAAUAGAAUGGAGGAAGUUGCUAGUCUUCUCACUUUACUUUUGCAAAAUUGGAUUGAUCCAGUCAUUGCAACCAUGGUGAUAGUUGAGGUGUGUCGCACAAUGCAACUUUUUGUUGACAAAACAGCUUCAGAACACAACUCGUCCUCUUUGGAAACUCUCAUUUUAGCAAAUUUUGAAUCAAUUGAUAUGGCUGACGAAAAAUUUCUCAGUAGUUCCAAUGCCGAAGCAAUCUUUUCCAACCUUUCUACCACGGUUCCAGUAUCCAAAGUUUUGGCGCAAAAAUGUAAGGUGGCAAUUGCUGAAUUCUUAAUUUAUUGCAAACAACUUGCUACAGCGUCUGCAGAUUCCACGGACCCCAAGGAAACCAGAUCAGCACCUAGAGUUUCGCUUUAUCGAGAUAUUUGUAUUCGUGAUUUCCUUUAUCUGGAGUUUCUGUGUCAAGUUUGCCCAGAUGACGAAUUCGAUUUUGAAGCUCUACUGAUGAAUCCAGAAGAAGCCGCAUGUUAUCACCGUUCUGACAACAAGUAUUUAAUGUUUGCAAAGAUAUUCAAACUGUUUAGAGCACGAAGAAACCGCGAUGCUACCGAAACCAGCAAUGACACAGACUCGCCAUCUGGUUCCGAUGCCGACCUCUUGGUGUUACUCGCAUUUCAGCAGGCAAUGCAAAUGCAAGAAGAAGAGGUUGUUUUAGAAAUUCCCUUUGUGUACGACUCUGACGAUUCUGACUAAACUAUUGUAGGAUAGUAGACUUUGACGGUUACGACUCGUCGAGAGUAGCUACUUGUGAUUACGUUUUGCACCUUAUUAGAAAAAUACGUUUUGUGUUUAGAGAACGAUAGAAGUUUAUAGUCGUGUAGGUGACUAUAGGUGCAUGGGUGGAGUAGUUAAGGACGAA